AUGGCCGAGACUUCCGCUCCACGACCACGACCACGCCCGCGCCCACGGCCUGUCCAGAAGAGUUCCAACAAUGCUGCCUCAGCGCCUGGACCUUCCACGUCUUCAGCAACCUCUGCAGGACCGUCGAGCUCGUCGGUGCCGCAGACCUCACGGAACGCGGAGGAUGAUGACAUCGAUGCAAUGUUUACCAAGAACAGGAACCGCACGGCGAAAGCUUGGACUAAGCUUGACCUUGUUAGGAAGGAUGACCCCGAAGACGACCACUCCGGAGACGACAGUGAUGAAAACAUUUCUCCUGGCUCGAGGAAACGCGGUCGCAAGAAGUCGGCAUCACUGCCCAAACCACGGUGGCAACAAGACCCAAACUACUUGAGAGAAACCCUGUCUGAGGGACCCGUUAUAGACCUGGGCUCAGACUCUGACCUCGAAAUUCUUGGCGACCAAACUCCCACUGCAGCGAGUCGCAGGGAAAGCAAGCGCGCCAAACGGAGCCGCUCGCGCUCAGUUACACCGCCGCCUCAAUUGCCCCUGCAACAAAUAGAGAAUGUCCGAAACGUCGUGAUGAAAGCGAUCAGCGAAAAGGACCGCAAGUCUAAUUAUGUUACGUUUGACGAUGACUAUGGCCUUGACGAAGGAGACGAGAGUCCUGUCGAGUUGGAUCCUGAGCUUCAGAGGAUAGCCCAACAGGUUCAGAGGGAAAUAUCGUCUACUCCUGCUCCAGGCGCCUCAUCCGACUUCCCUGGGCGUGCAGCUUCUGUUCGCCCCGAGGAUAGAGAAGACGAGGAAGUCCUCAUUCGCGUCAAAUGGCAUAACCAUCCUUUAUCGGAACAAGCAGACGACAACAUCAUCUGGGAGUACAAGCAAAACAGGAGCGAUGACUUCCAUGAUCUUUGGGAAGCCAUUGCGGACGAUGCGGGGAAAAGAGCCGACGCUCUGAUUGUUUGCUACGACGGCAAACGCGUCUUUUCCUCAAUGAAACCCUCAAACUUGAAGAUCUGGGGAAGCGGUGACUUUGACGCAUACGAGGAUAAGACAUACGAAUAUAUUCGUGAAAACAAUGCAUCGGCACUUGCAAGUUUGAUACAGAGUGCAGAGUCCCAACGCCAGGGAUCCGGGUCGAGAGCAGGAUCUCAAGCAGUGGUUGAACUCUCAGAUAGCGACGAUGACACUAUGCCGGCACCUCCUCGUGCGGCGACAUCCCAGGCAACAUACAACCACUAUUCUCAGCCUCAAACAACCCAGGUGGCGGCUGUUGCGUCGCAAUCCGACGCUGAGGACGAUACCUUCAAACUCACUCUCCGUUCCAAGCACAAAGAGGUUACUGUCACCGUGCGUCCAAGCACCAAGUGCGGGAAUAUUGUCAAGGCGUACCUCAAGAAAGCAAAACUGGAGGCGAUGGCCGCUGGGAAAGAUCCCAGAUUAAGUGUAGAUGGGGACAAAUUGGAUAACGACAGCCCUAUCUCAGAUGCUGACUUGGAGGAUGGGGACCUGGUGGAGGUUGUGGGACUCUGA